CACAAAUGCCAAACGAUCAAGGACCUUUUAGGCCAUCUGAAGAAACACCUGGAGGAAGGGCAUGAAGUAUGCUGUCCGAAAUGCAAGAUCCAGACAUCAGGAGUUUCAUUUCAAAGGUUUUACCAGACCUCCCUGGAUCGAUCCUAAGCAUUGUGGAGGAGACGCUGCAGUCUCUAGGAGUGGAUACCCUUGAUGACUUCCAGUUUGUAAAAGAGGCUGAUCUCCUGACUGUUUUGAGGCCGGUACAAGCCAGAAAACUUGUAGCUUCUUGGAAGCAAAACUCUCAGGGCCCUGGAACCCAAAGCCAGCCAGAUGUUGCUUCAACGUCAUCGCUUCUCACCUCUCCUACCUCCUCUCGCUCCUCAAUAUCACCUUGUCCAUCACCAAACCUGCUGAAUGCUGACUGGGUAGACAGUUUUGAAGUUCCUGUUGAAAAAUUUCCAGAGGCUCUUAUCCAAUGUCUUAAGAGAGGCAAGCGACCUGAACCGAGUUUAAGGAGAGAGAUGAUAAGAAUUGUUGCUGCAGAAAUGAUGAGGAUGUGUCCGUCUCCUACGAAGCAAGCUUCGACAGAAAUUGCCAAAAAGUUAGUUGGCAAGUAUCCAACAUCUUUAAAGGAUGUCAUCGAGGGAGAAGUCGUGGGGCCCGGAUACCACAGUCUUGUGAAGCAGCUUCAAGCUCGUGUAGACAACAAAAGGAGGCAUGUGACCCCAAGAAUUCAGAAACGCAAACCCGUGUCAGACGAAUCUGAUACAGACGACGUCCCGGCAAUACUGAAAGCGUCAGUCCAAGAUACAUACGGCUGCGUUAAGUGGGAUAUGAAGUUCAUGCCAAUCACAGAAACUCAGGAAAGCCAAAAUGAAAAGAGAGAGAAGAUGAGGAAUCUGUGGGAACAAGGCACUUUCAACCCAGACGAGGUGAAGGAGUUGGUAGAGUCUACAUACUAUUCGCAGCGUAAGGCAAUUAACGGUGGAACAGCGCUUCAAACGUUGAGAGAAGAGUGGCCUUUUUUGUUUCACGAAAUUGGGAUUUCUUCCCACUACCGGGAGCUGACUGGACAGCCACUAACAGAGACAUUCCUGAGAAGUGUGGGGAAGAAAGGGAAACAGCUCCUAAACUUCAUGGCAACUGUUUGUGCAAACAAGACCAGACGAGUCUUUGAGACAUUGACCAAGCUGAAGUUCCAGAGAGGGCAGUUGGAGGGCUGCUCGGAGGACGUGAAGGAUAUGCUGCUUUUGCUGCUCUCCUACUUCAAUGAAGAUGAGGCAAUCCUGUUCCACUACACUGAAGAAACCAACCAGGCAGAUGACGUUCAGGUGGACUGCUUGCCGGCGACGCCAUGCAUCAUUGUGUGUGGGGCCUCCUGCUACAGUGCCAAAAGAUUCAUGCUGAGCAUCGAUGGCAAGAUCGUCAAUGACAACAUCACCCAAUUCAUCGCCGCCAUCAACGUAAUGUUCGGCACCUACUACUGCCUGAACAUACACUAUCCAGUGCAGUUGAGGUCAACGCUGGAGUUCCUUCAGAGGUGCUUUUUCAACAUCAAUCCAGAGAAGGGCACAAAAGUCGAGACGAAAAAAAACAAGAAGCAACUGCCGGUAAACCCUCGGGUCCUUACCCUCAUCGCUGAUCUAGCAGAUCAUGAGUGGAGAGAGACUAAUUAACACUCUGGAUACCCACUCCAGCUAUAUGUGUGUGUGUGUGUUUGGGGGGGGUUAACAACCCAGCAGCGGGAUCGCCAUCUCCUUCUGCUAGACGGCACAGGAAGUGCACUACAAAAUUAAAUGUUCAGUCUACUAAUUUGCGUGUUGAUGGUCAAGUCAUCAGAAACUGACUUCAUAAGGAGAUUAAGAGAGCCUGGUAUCCACAUUUAAGGUCUGUUUACAAGGCACCCUCAUAACCCUCCUCACGAAGUCCGUUUCUGAUCAUUUAAUCAGAAACCCUCACAUCAGUGGACUGCAGAGCCAAUUUUUGCAGGGCUCUGGCAGUGCUUUUGCUGUGCCACCUUGCUUAAAGGUGCACCGUGUAAGAUUGUGGCCAAAGUAGGUAUUGUGACUAUACUGCAUAUUCAAAUUCGGCUAUUAGCAGCAGUUUCAUCAUUUCAUGAAUAUGAAUAAAUGAAACCAAUAUUUACUAGUAUGACCAAAGAACAGUAAAUACAAGAAAUUCAAAUUGGCAAACCAUGGAGAAGAUCCCCCUUUUCAUGUAUGUAAAAUUCAAUUUUAACAGUCAUAAUGAAUACUUAAAAUUUGAUGGUGGUAAGUAUUUGUUAAAGGGGUAAAAUCCAUUAAUGGAAUGAUGAACCACUUCUGGAAAUGAACUACUAAAAAUAUUACACAGUGCACCUUUAAGGAAAGAGAUAGUGAUCCUACUACUGAGUUGUAAAACAUCCCCUGAUGUACUGGCAUAUCUCCUCGCAUGUCCUCCAUGCUCUGGACACAGUACGUCACAGAAGUAUGCCAUUGUUUUACUGUUCUUUACUUAAUGGCCUGUUGUCAUUUCUGCACAAUGCAAUUCCCCCUUUAAACUGCACUAAUGUCAAUAUUAAGCCCCUUUUUUAUAUACUAUAUACUUUUUUAUACUUUUUUAUUUUUAUUCAAAGCAAGGAACAUUAAUAAAGUAUUGGUAUUCAUUUUUUGUUAAGGGCAAUUCAGAAAAUGGACAAGAUGUUCAAAAUGGUGAACUAGCACAGUUCUGUUGCUUCACUCUUAUUUGUUUGGUCAAAGUAGCAGACUGUACUGUGCUCAAGGAUGGAAACGAUUCGCAUCCCUAAAUGUGGUCAUUACAGCAUUGCCAUCCAGUGCUUUGACCAAAUCUUGGAAAAGCAUGGUUAUAGUUACGCCUUUGAUGAAACCCACCAGUUUUGUGUUGUCCGCAAAGUUCACCUAGGGCCUACACUACAAAGCUGGUUCGACUUAGCAACGAUUCUGAUCACUUCUCUUAAACUUGUGAUGACUGACUUCAAGGUUUGGAUAUAAUAAUAAAAAAAA